AUGGAACAAGAAGAAGCAGACCCAGCAGCAAAAUCACGUGCACAACGCCAUACUUUUCUGGGUAACCGUUGCCUCGAUGUUUACUUUCGGUUUGGUAACACCCUGUACGAUGCAUUGAAAGUGUUUGAUGAGAUUACCGAUAAGAAUAUUGUGUCUUGGAACAUUUGCUUGAAAGGGUUCUGUAGAUUUGGUGAGCUUCAAAGGGCACACAAUAUGUUCGCUGAAAUGCCUGUUAGAGAUGUAGUUAGUUGGAACUCGAUGAUUUCAGGUUGUGUUUCAGGUGGGUUUUUUGAUAAUGCAUUCUGCCUUUUCUCAAAAAUGCAAAUCGCGGGUAUGAGACCAAGUGAGUACACAUUCUCAAUUGUAACGUCGCUUGUGACGUGUUCUUGUCAUGGUAAGCAAAUUCAUGGUGGUAUGAUUAGGAAUGGUAUGAAUUUAUCAAAUUUGAUACUCGGGAAUUCUUUGAUUAACAUGUAUGGAAAGCUCGGAUGUGUGGAUUAUGCUUUUGGUGUGUUUUUCGCUAUGGAGGAGGUGGAUAUUAUCUCAUGGAAUUCUUUGAUAUCGGGUUGUCAUAGAUCAGGGUAUGCAGAGCUGGCACUAGAUCAGUUCUUUCAGAUGAGAAGCACCAAGCAUUCACCUGAUGAGUUUACAAUAUCAUCUGUUAUCAAUGUUUGUUGUAACUUGCCUAAUUUGGAAAAGGGUAAGCAAAUAUUUGCUUUCUGCUUGAAGGUGGGAUUCUUAUCUAAUAGCAUUGUAUCAAGUGCUGCUAUUGAUCUGUUCUCCAAGUGCAACAGAUUGGAGGAUGCAAUCCGGCUCUUUGAAGAACUAGAUUGGUGGGAUUCAGCUGUUUGCAAUUCCAUGAUUUCAAGCUAUGCACAGCAUGACUGUGUGGAGGAUGCUGUGCAACUUUUUGUGUUAACCUUGAGGGAGAACCUGAGGCCAACCGAGUUUACACUUAGCAGUUUGCUUAAUUCUGCGCCCAUUUUUCUUCCAGCAGAGUUGGGUAGCCAGAUCCAUUCUUUGCUUGUUAAGUUAGGUUUCGAGUCAGAUCCAAUUGUUGCUAGUUCACUUAUUGAUUUUUACAGUAAAGUUGGAUUAAUAGAUUAUGCCAUGAAAAUCUUUGCAAAUGUGGGUGUGAAAGAUUUGACAUCUUGGAACACGAUGAUUAUGGGCAUGGCUCAUAAUGGUAAAGUAUUUGAGGCCCUGAACAUUUUUGAGGAAUUGAUUAGUGAAGGCAUUGCACCAGAUAAAUUAACACUAGCAGGAGUUUUAUUAGCUUGCAACCUUGGGGGUUUAGUUGAUGAGGGAAUGACAAUGUUUUUAUCCAUGGGGGAGGAAUAUGGAAUCGUACCUCAGGACGAGCACUAUAUGUCCAUAGUGGAUUUGUUGAGUAGUACUGGUAAACUCAAAGAAGCAAUAGAUAUAGUAGCAGAAAUGCCUUACGAACCUAGUUUCAUGAUAUGGGAAUCGAUUCUUCGUGCUUGUGUGAUUCAUGGAGACUUUAAAACUCACUGA